GUUCUAAGAACUUCUGCUCAACAGCUUCCUAGAAACUGGAUCAAAGCACCGCUUAGUCCAUGUACUCUGGGGGUAAAGUCUCAUCACCACAGCCUACAGCUGCUGUGUUUCCGGCGGACGUCUGUAGAGACUGAAGAGGAGACAGCUUUGCAGGAUAAAGUAGCUGCCAAGAUGCUCCAUUUGCGAAAUCCACAGAUGCUGCAGGUGUUGGAGAAGUCCUUAAGGAAACACCUUCCUGAGUCUUUAAAGGUUUAUGGGACUGUCUUCCACAUGAACCAGGGAAACCCAUUCAAACUCAAGGCUCUGGUGGACAAGUGGCCUGAUUUUAAUACAGUGAUUGUCCGUCCUGAAGAGCAGGAGAUGGCAGAUGACCUUGAUCCCCAUACCAACACUUACCAACUCUAUUCUAAGGAUCCUAUGAACUGUUUGGAAUUCCUUGGCACACCAGAGGCUAUCAACUGGAAACAACAUCUGCAGAUCCAAAGUUCACAAUCCAGCCUGCAUGAAGCAAUAAUGGGCCUUGCAGCUGCUAAGCUGGUCAAAGUCAAGAGAACACAGUGUGUUCUCUACAUGAUGCCCCAAACAGCAAAGAAACUGGUUCCGUCCCUGAUGGUGGAUACAGAGAACUUACAUAAUAAAUCUGGUAGACCCCGGCCCAUCAACCAAGAGAUGUUUAAGCUCUCAUCGCUGGAUGUUAUGCAUGCUGCCUUGGUGGAUAAAUUCUGGUAUUUUGGGGGCAACGAGAGGAGCCAGAGAUUCAUUGAGCGCUGUAUCCAAACCUUUCCUAGCUCAUGUCUUAAGGGACCUGAAGGGACCCCUGUAUCCUGGGCUCUCAUGGACCAAACAGGGGAAAUACGAAUGGCAGGCACUGUGCCUGAUUACCGGGCACAAGGUCUCAUCUCUCAUAUCAUUCACACUCAGACCCUGGUUAUGGAUGAACUUGGCUAUCCCGUAUAUAAUCAUACAGACAGAGCGAACAAAACCAUACAGAAAAUGAGUCAUACUCUGCAGCAUGUUCCUAUGCCCUGUGACUGGAAUCAGUGGAAUUGUGUACCUCUGUAAUUCUGGUGCAGAAUAUUAGGCUGUGUUGGGUAGGCUAUAAUAAAGCUGGAAGAGUGAGUGAUAGACAUAGAGAAAAUACAUAUUGUAAUGAUCAAUAAAGAAGAGGGCACUGUUUGCCCUCUUGGAGGAAUGGGCUGAAUGUCCAACAGUAUACUACAGUCCCUAUCCUCAAAUUGCCUCUUAGAUCCAGCAGAUGAAGCAUGGCCAGACCUCUCCCCCGAGCCACUGGCUUUGUUCAGUGUUAUACACUCUGGAUGUCAGUGACACUUCUAUUCUGCUGCACAUUACUAUCCUCAUGUGAAUUAAUGCCCAUGUGUCAGGGUAUGGUGCUGACUUGUGAAUACUAUAUGCUUUUCUCUCAUACUAUUUCCUUAGUUUAGGAGCUUGAGUGCUCUUCAUAACAGGCACUUUGAGUGGAUUGCUUUACUGGUAGACCUUUGAUUUUUAUUUAAUAACCAUGUUAAAUAUUACAUGAAUAAAUAUAUUAUUCUAGUUGGA